AGCACACUCCACUGGCAGCAUGGCGAGCAAGCAGGUGGUGGUAGCACUGGUGGCGACGUGGCUGGCGGGCUGCGUGUGGAGCCAGCAGGUGCCGUUCAACGGGCUGCAGCUGUCCAUAUCUGGGCCCGGCUUCAGCCACGUCCAGUCUGUACCCGCGCCGGCGGCCGCCACUGCAGCCAACCCCACGCUCAGCAGCCUCUUCGCUGCGCAGAGGACGUAUGCGCAGCCAAACGCAGCGCUGAACAACCUGCUGGCGGCGCAGUCGGGCCUGACGCAGCCGGGCGCCUACCUGUCGUCAUACACCGGACUGCCUCAGCAGCCGCAGCCAGCUGCUGCCUACGGCGGACUUCCGGGACAGAUCGGGGCGUACUCCGGCCUGACCCCGCAGCAGCUGUCGCCCUACGCGGCCUUCCAGGCACAGCACGCAGCCGCCCUGGGCGGACUCCAGCCGCAGCAGCUGCAGCCACAGGCCGCCGUGUACAACCCUCUGCAGGCGCAGCUGCAAGCACAGCAGAUCGGACAGCAGCAGCAGUUGCAGCAGCUGCAGCCUCAGCAGCCGCAGGUGACGCCACAGCAGGCGGACGCCUAUACCCAGCAGCUUCUCGCAUUCCAGCAGGCGCACCUGCAACUCCUGCAGCAGCAGCAGCAGCAACAACAACAACAACAACAGCAGCAGCAGCUGCAGACACAACAGGUGCAGCAGCCGAUCGUUCGUGCACAGCCAGCAGCAGAACAGCAGCAGCAGCAGCAACAACAAGUGGCGGUGGCCCCUGCUGGAACAGCUGCCUCAGCACAGCAGGUGCAACAGCCGUCAGCGCUAGGUGUCAAGUUCUCCGCUGCCGACACUGUCUCUAAGAUCAGGUUCAGUGGAAAUGGGUUCAACUUCACUUACUGAAGGAGCAGGGAACAGUGUGGGUGUAAGACAGUCCAGACUAGUCUUGUGUGAGGAGCAUAUAGGUACAAGUGUGUGAUGUGAUUCAAAGGCUGUUGACAGAGAAAGAAUUAUUAUUGUGCUCAUUAUGUGCUGUGUGUGAUACUCAACCGAUCAGUCUUUCAACAAAUACUAUCUGUUGUAAUGUUUUAGGUCUUUGGUGAAAACCAGUACUUCUUUACUUUGUACCAUUACUAUUGCACAGAAAGACAAUCACCAUCCAUAUACUAUUUUACCUUCACUGCAAGGAUUACCGAAACGAAUGCAUUCACAAUGAAAAUUGUGAUGUCUAUGGGCCAAACAGUGUGUAGAGAGAUUCUUCUUUGCUCACAUUUUUUGUAUUAUGUCUUAGCUUCCUCGUUUCCCAGAUUUCUCCAACUUUCUGAAGUGUGCGAUUUAGACUGAAAACUAAUUUUUCCCGAACCGUCACUGUAAGGAUUACCAAAAUGGAAGAAAUGAAAAUUGUCGUCUUUGUGGACAAAAAAUACUCUAAGAAUUUCCCGAAACGGAAGCACUGAGAAUGAAAAUUGGAAUUUCUGAGGACCAAAAGGAACGUCGAGGGAUUUUUCUUUGGUUAUAUUUUUUAUAUUUACUCUUAGUUAUCAUCUCGUUUCCCAAAUUUUCCAACUUUCUACACUGUGCGAUUCACAUCAAAAACUGGUUUUUCCCCAGGCAUCACUGCAAGCAUUACCAAAGCGGAAGCACUGAAAAUGAAAAUUAUUACUUUUGUAGGCCAAAAAGAGUGUAAGAAUUGCCGAAACGCAAGCACUGAAAAUGAAAAUUGUAAUUUCUUCGGACCGAAAAGAGUGUCGAGAGUUUCUUCUUUGGUCAUUUUCUCUGUUUUCUAGCUUUUCUCCUUUCCCAGGUUUUUCCAACUUUCUCCACUGCGCGAUUCACAUAAAAAUUGAUUUUUCCUCAAACAUAAUAACUGAUAAAUCUCAGCCAUAUCUUAUUCGUUCUAAAUUCUUCCUGCACCAAAGAAAAUUUCAGUAUUUGGGGAUAUCUGCCUGGUAUAUGGCCUUUCGAGUGGUACCAGGUACUGUUAUUGCUCUACAUUGCUUAUUCUUUCUUUUCUUUAUUCACUACUGUGGUAAUAUACGCCGGUAGAUAACCACAGGGCUGUUAACGUCUGUCUACUACUUUUCUGCUGAAAAAUUUAAGUGAAGCGUUAAACAACGUCGGCAGUAGGCUAUUCCCCAAACAAGAGAUCCGUCAUCGGAAAUACCUUUUAAAAAGUAAUUCGGAUUACUCAUUUUGUCAUGUAAACGUUUUGCGUGUGCACUACGAUGCACAGUGAAACCGAAAAUUCGUGCAGCUCUUUGUUCCCUUGCUCCCUUUUUUCUUCGGUGUUGUUCCUACGGAAGAGCCCAUCUCCUACCAGCCGACAUAUUUUUUUUUACGACUGCGUCAGGCAACUCGCGGAGGUCUGGCGCUGACAAUGCCGAUAUGUGCCACGUCGUAAAUUGGGUUUCAGCUGACGUCCACUGCUGGAGAAGACAACAGGAGCCGUUAAGAGACAGAAUCUGCUCGCGUUCACCAACUACUGGCAGCUAAAAGUCGUUACA